AUGGAGAAAAAAACGCCUAAUAUUAAAGAAAAUACCAUAACAAAGCGUCCUCAACCAGCUACUCGACUGAAAGUCGUUAUCCGAUAUUUACCUCCUGAUCUUUCAGAACAAACAUUUAAAGAACUAGUCAAAGAAUGGAUAGAUGAAGAACGCGUUGAAUGGUCAUCAUUUUACCCAGGAAAAGUAUCUUCUAACCGAAAUAAAAAUGAUAAAUAUGCAAGGGCAUAUAUUAAAUUUAAAUCACCAGAAGCAUUAAUUGCGUUUCAUAAAGGCUUUGGAGCACAUUUAUUUACAGAUGAGAAGGGUAAGGGGCAACGAGUACUUGUUGAAUUUGCACCGUUUCAAAAAGUUCCUCGGUUAGAAAGACAAAAACAUGAUGCUAGACAAGGAACAAUUGAUGAUGAUGCAGAAUUUAUAGCUUUUCAAGAAACAUUGAAAAAUACAAAUAAGAAUCCAGAAGAAGAAGCACAAAACAAAAAGGAGGAGGAUGAUAUGGCACCUAUUGGCACAAUUACUCCAUUAAUUGAGUAUUUAAGAGUACAAAAAGAGACAGCUACUUUAAAAUCUAAAAAAAAAUACACAUCAGAAAAGAAAGCAUCUGCGCAAACAAAAGCAGAUGCAAUAACAACACAAAUUAAAUCACAAGGGGGGUUUGGCUUUUCAAGAAAAUUCAAUAAAAAUAAAAAUAAAUCUCAAGAACUGGAAAGUCCAGAUGCAAGAAAAGAGAGUUCUAUGCAUCCAGAAGAACUUUUUCCAAGACAAGCUAACUCUUAUAAAAGGAUUCACAAAAAUCCAUUGAAAAAAGAUUCUUCACUAACAACCAAUUCAUCAGUUAAAAUUCUUAAACCAUCUAAUAGGGAAAGGUUGUAUGACUCAAAUGUAUUUAACAAAGAAAAAAAAUAUGAUUCUUCACAACCAACAAAAAAGACCGAGUCUACAGCUGACUCAUCUAUAAAUAAAACAGAAAAUGAACCCAAGAAAAUUAUUAAGAAACAUGAUUAUACGAAACAAUCAUCGAACAAGGAGUCAAAAAGCCAUACAGAAUCAUUUAAUAAACCAAGUACAUUUCGUGAAAAAAGUGAUUAUUAUUCUAGAAGAAACUAUAAGAAUAAAAACAUGCAAGAAUAA